UAAAUUAAUAGAGGUACACAUUUCCCUGUAUGAUUAAUUUCUUCGCCUGUUUUCCGUCCCUUCCCUCCCACCAAACGUAUUCAAGCACCAGCCAAGUGCCAGCGAUCAAGCCAUCACAUCACACAUUGUCCUAACUUCUUACCAUCGCCUUGCCUCCUCCGUUUCCUCAGCUCACUCUAGCACGGCGAUUCCUAACGUUACGCGCGCGCUCUAACUGGUGGCGGUAAUGUCUUUUUAUCUACUUCUCCCCACGCCUCCUACAUGCUUGUGAAAAUUACCCAGUGGCGAAAACUCAGCGAUUCGCGCGAAAGUUUGCAACUUCAUGAUUUAGAGGCAAGAUGAUUUCAUCCCUCUAUUGUCUGACGAUGGAAUCUGCUCGCAGCUACAUUACCCAGGGAAAAAAAACCUGCUUGGCAUGUGUUUCUAUAGUAAGUAUCAUGUGGAUAUUCCUUGGAGUUUUGAAGAUCCAACUAUGUAAGCUCGAUCAAUGAUAUUGAGCAGAAGUGUCCUAUUUUUCCGGAGAUGUGGACAUUUCCCGUUGUCUUGAGAGUGAUGCGAAGACACAGAGAUAAGUAUCAUUGCAACUCUCUUCCAUAUGCUGGAUCUCUCUUCUCUCUCUUCUCCACAAAUGCUCUGCAAAUUGAAUCAGAUUUCAUUGGAGUUGAAAAGGAAGAGAGGGAUUUUGAUCUUCUGAUCCGAUCUCGCACAAAAAUGGAUCAUGCUAAGUGUCAUCAUGCUCAGCUUUUAGUAUCAGGGAAAGCUCAAAAUAAGUUCUUCUCCACCAGACUAGUGAAUCUUUAUUUACAUCUUGGUGAUGUCUUCUUAUCUCGAUGCACCUUUAAUUGGAUACCCAAGAAGGAUGUCUUCAUAUGGAACUGUAUGAUGUCCUCUUAUGUCCGUUGUGGUUUUUUCAGUGCCGCUAUAGAUUGCUACCGCAAGUUUCUUUUAUCCUCUGGUCUUCGUCCUGAUUUUUAUACUUUUCCUCCACUGCUGAAAGCUUGUGGAAAUGUAUUGGAAGGAAAAAGGUUCCAUUGCUCAAUUAUGAAGCUGGGUUUUCAAUCUGAUGUAUUCGUUGCUGCUUCCUUGCUACACAUGUAUGCUCGACAUGGCUACUUAGGUGUUGCUCGUCAGGUGUUUGAUGAUAUGCCAUUCCGAGAUAUAGGCUCAUGGAAUGCAAUGAUUUCUGCGUAUUGUCAGAAUGGGAAUGCUGCUGAAGCACUGGAUAUUUUGUCUGCUAUGAAAUCGCAGGGAAUAAAGAUGGAUUCUGUAACUGUAUGCAGUCUCCUUGCCAUAUUUGCUCAGUUUGAUGAUGCAUUGAGUGGGAUAUUGAUUCAUGUUUAUAUCAUUAAGCAUGGGUUGGAAUUUGAUUUAUUUGUGAAUAAUGCUCUGAUAAAUAUGUACGCCAAGUUCAGUAACUUGGGAGAUGCCCAACAAAUAUUUGAGAGCAUGGUGGUAAAAGAUGUAGUCUCGUGGAACUCAAUUAUUGCCGCAUAUGAACAGAAUAAUGAUCCAGUAACUGCAUGCUUGUUUUUUAAAGAGAUGCAAUCAACUGGUUUAAAGCCUGAUUUGUUGACAGUAGUUAGUUUAGCUUCAAGCUUUGCUCAAGUAAAUGACUCGCGAAAUAGCAAGUCUCUUCACUGUUUCACCCUCAGGAGGGGUUGGGUUUUGAAGGAUGUAGUGCUUGGAAAUGCAGUUGUGGACAUGUAUGCAAAACUGGGCUAUGUGGGUUAUGCACUUCAAGUGUUUGAAGAACUCCCUGCCAAAGAUGUUAUUUCAUGGAACACUUUAAUUACAGGUUACGCUCAGAAUGGUCUUGCAAGCGAAGCAAUUGAAGCAUAUCACCUGAUGGAAGAGUGUGAAGGGAUACCUCCAAAUGAAGGAACUUGGGUGAGUAUUCUAACAGCUUGUGCUAGUGCAGGAGCUCUGAAAGAAGGCAUGAGAAUUCAUGCGCUUAUUUCUAGAAAUGGCCUUAUAGCAGAUAUCUUUGUGGGGACCUGCCUUAUUGACAUGUAUGGAAAAUGUGGGAGACUUGAUGACGCGAUGUCAUUGUUUUACGAUAUUCCAAGAAAUACUUCAGUCCCAUGGAAUGCCAUCAUAUCUUGCCAUGGUCUUCAUGGGCAUGGUGACAAAGCUUUAAAAUUAUUUGAAGAAAUGCAAAAAGAGGGAGUUGAGCCAGAUCAUAUAACCUUUGUAUCCUUAUUGUCUGCUUGCAGCCAUGCUGGUUUGGUUGAUGAGGGUCAACGUAGCUUUCAGGUGAUGCAGGAAAAGUAUGGGAUUAAACCCGGUUUAAAGCAUUAUGGCUGCAUGGUUGAUUUGCUUGCUAGAGCUGGUUUGAUAGAAAAGGCAUAUGAUUUUAUCCAGAACAUGCCUAUACGUCCUGAUGCUUCUGUAUGGGGUGCUCUUCUUGGUGCAUGUAGAAUACAUGGAAAUGCUGAAUUGGGGACCUUAGCUUCGGACCGCUUGUUUGAGGUUGAUCCAGAGAAUGUUGGUUAUCACGUUCUAUUGUCUAAUAUUUAUGCCAAUGCUGGGAAAUGGGAUGUAAUGGGCGAAGUUAGAUCAUUUGCCAGAGACAGGGGCUUGAGGAAAACUCCUGGUUGGAGUUCAAUUGAAGUGAACAAUACGUUUGAGGUCUUCUACACUGGCAACCAAACUCAUCCAAAAUAUGAGGAGAUCCAUAAUGAAUUGAGGAUUCUGACUGCAAAAAUGAAAGGCCUGGGUUACAUUCCUGAUUUUAGAUUUGUGUUGCAAGAUGUCGAGGAUGAUGAAAAGGAGGAUAUUCUUACAAGUCACAGUGAGCGAUUGGCCAUUGCAUUCGGAAUCAUCAGCACCUUUCCUAAAUCUCCACUUCGAAUCUUCAAGAACCUUCGUGUUUGUGGUGAUUGCCACAUUGCCACAAAGCUCAUAUCUUUGAUUACAGAGAGGGAGAUUAUUGUGAGAGAUUCAAACCGCUUUCAUCACUUCAAGGAUGGCAUUUGUUCAUGUGGAGAUUAUUGGUGAAGUGAAUUAUUCAAACCGCUAAGGAUUUCGUUAUCAGCAAGAGAUUUUGGUAUCUUAAAUUCAUUUAUCAGUUGGAUGGAACAAAUGCUUAAGACAUUCCCUGCUAGAUACAAGCAGAUGAAUUUGAGUAGAAAAGCAUGUAUGGUAUGUGGGUUGAUUUCAACAUGCUGAUAAGCUUAAGGGGAAAAUAGUGUGAGGUAUACUAGGACUGGUUUAUGUAAAUGGUAUACUGAGCAAAGAAACAGACUUUUGUUGAAAGUUUAAUAUGGCCAAUUUACCUAAGGACCCCUCUACAUUCUGCCACAUAAAAUGGGUGUAGUGGAUAGGAGAAUGUUUGGAUGGAUGGAUGGAUGCUUGUGAAAGAAAGAAGUAGAAGUGGUGAAUUUGAGUAAAUAUGACUCCGCCUUGAACAUGUGAGAUGAUGGAUACUUAUGAAUUUCAUGGACCCAAAAAGAUUUGGUAAUUGUUGGAGAAAAGCAUCUUGAGUUCUUGAAUGUCAUGGAAGAUUUGAUAUUGUACAUAGGGCAAAGGCAUGAAAGAAUUAAGAUACCCUGAAUGACAAAUAUAAUGAAGAAUGCAAUCUACCGAAAUUUAUAAAAUUUGAAAAUUAGUCAACAAAUAGUUUUCUUAAUAGGAAAAGGCAGGGUGGUUGUAUUGGACUUACCAAUCUAUUUUCCUAUUGAUCUUCAGAACCCAGUAAUAGGUCUUUAUCGGAUCAUAUGUGGUGCAACGACAGAAUAGAGGGGAGUAUCUCAAGGGUGACCACAUUUUACGAAAAUCACUGAGAAUUCUUUUUACUGACAAGUAGCUCCAUGAGCAUUGGCUGAUUAAAUGCAAUGGAUUCAUGUGUUGGCAUUAUCCAUGAGCUUCAAGGUGACUGAAUUCUGCUUGUUAAUCCCACUUCAGGUUGGAUGAAUUUUCUGAGAGGUUACUGGACAACCUUUUCAUUUUGAAGCUCAACAAUGUCUGCUUCUAGCUAAGGCCCGUUCACUUGUCUCAGAAGACUUUCAUCAAACACAUCAGAAUGCCUAACAGAAAUAACCCCGUUGAGGGGUACUAUAUCGUGCUCUGAACAUUCCGAUCACUCAUCCGUGAGUUUCAGGUGGGUGACUACAAACCUCGCUGAGCUUUAUGAGAUAUACUAUUCACAUUCUGCUACUGAUGCUCAUUUGAGAGGUAUAGCUGUCUGAUUUGGCUGCAUAAGCCUAUAACAAUCUGAAGAAUAUUUCACUGCAGUCUCUCUGCUGCUGUCAUUUGAUUACCAUUGCCACAGGCAUCCUUGGCGCUGCUGCGCAACAUGACGGUUGCUAAAAGAAGGAAGGUUGUUUUGGCUCUGUUGUGAAGCUUAUGAUUACAAGGAUACAUUGUUUUUGCCUUCUUUUUUCAGUUCCUGAGGUGCUGUUAUUGAAUCAAUCAUGUCAUUGCUUGGCCAAAACAAAUAAAACAUGUUAGUAAUCAUGUCAAUUA